AAUACCAAAAGUCCAAAACCAUCCAUAACCCAAAAAGAGUCUCUUCCGUGUCACAAGAAACCAACACACAUAGAACAGAAGAAACCAUGAAACCUUCUCUUCAUCAACCACUUCUCUUCUUCUUCUUAGCCACCGUCCUCCCAUUAAUCCUGACCGUCCAUCCUCAAUCAGACGACUCAGAUUUCAUCCGUACUAGCUGCAACACCACAUUAUACCCUGACCUAUGCUUCUCCUCUCUUUCUUCCUUCUCUAGCUCUGUCCACAACGAUCCAGCCCUCUUGGCUCGAGCCGCCAUCUCCGUCACUCUCACCAAGACUCUCGACUUAGCCUCAUACCUCGCCAACGUCACCACUCUCCAGCCGGAGAGCAACGAAGAUGGUGCCCACCACCCAACCGCAGCCGCUGUUUUUCAUGACUGCUUCGACAAUCUUAAAGAUGCGGUCGAAGAAAUGAGAGGCUCGAUGAAACAGAUGAGGGAGCUGGUCUCGACUGGCUCGCUCGAGUCCUUCAGGUUCCAAAUGAGUAACGUGCAGACGUGGCUCAGUGCGGCUUUAACCGAUGAAGAGACUUGUACGGACGGGUUUAAAGACAUUCACGAUGAGCCGAGGAAGGAUGACAUAUGCGCACGGGUCGAUGACGUCAAAAAGAUGACUAGUAAUGCGUUGGCUCUAGUUAAUCGAUGUGUUGAUAAGGCGAUCCAUUGAGCAUUCUAUCAAUUAAUCACCAAAUAUUAAUUCUUCUUCUUUUUUUUUUUUUUAAACUCGAAAAAGAAAUUAUUGUUUAAAUGUUUUUGGUUCUCACGCGUGCAUGAUAGAGAUAUAAUAAGAUAAGCCUAUUUGUUAUUGGCUGUAAUGAAAUAGUGAUAUUAUGUAGUUGUUAACGCUUUUUGUUUGUCGAAAUUACGAAAAGAAUCAAGUGUGUGUAAAAAGAAUUAGUAGUCUAUUAUUUCUUAUA